AUGGACGAUUGUGGGCAAUUGCAGCCGCGUAUGGGUACACCGUCGAGUUUGAUGCAUAUGCAGCAAGGUGCUGUUGGAAGUCCGUCAGUCUGUAGCGCGCCAAUGGUACAACACCAUCAACAACAACAUCAGCAACAAGGCGUGAUGCAGGAACAACCGACAUCAGCAGGACAGUUUGAACGAAGCGUCGGAUUCACCCCGCAACAGCAAGUGUCGCAAGGGGUACGCACAAGGUGUUCUGGAGAGCUCAGCGCGCCAAUGGUACAACACCAUCAACAACAACAUCAGCAACAAGGCGUGAUGCAGGAACAACCGACAUCAGUAGGACAGUUCGAUCGAAGCGUCGGAUUCACCCCGCAACGACAAGUGUCGCAAGGGUACGCAGAAGGUGAUCUAGAGAGCUCAGGUGUUGUGCACGUGCAGCAGCAGAUGAUGGUCACAGAAUGCGAUGCCUCACCGGGAAUGUAUGGCAGGCAACAACAUAUGAUGGGGCAACAACAACAACACCAACAACAAAUAGUUUGUCACCAGCAACAGCAAUUGCAGCAGCAGCAACAGCAACAGCGAAUGAUGGGUCAGCAGCAGCCCAUAAUGUGUCAACAAAUGAUGGUACCGCAACACGUUGGUAUGAUGGGCAGUAAUCCUCAACAACAUUAUCAGCAACAGAGUCUGCAAGCUCAAUGGACCCAGCAACAACAGCAGGUGCAACAGGCGCAUUUUGCUCGUCAACCACAAAUGAUGGGAGCGGCACCACCGCAACGAGUAAUGCUUCAGCGUGUACCGUAUCCUCAGGGUACAGGUAUGAUUCUAUUCGAGUCACGUCUUUCAUUGUAA